CGGACAUGGAUGUGGAUGUGAAUGCACCACCACCAUCGCACCCACAUCAACAUCAGCCGCCGGAGCAGGAGCAGGAGCAGGAGCAGCAGGGGGGAGAGCAGCAGCAGCAGCAGCAGCAGGAGGGGCGGGGGCAGCGGGCAGGCGAGGGAGGGGCGCUGCCUCCGCCCCCCUCCCCGCCCGCAGGUCUGACGGCUGCGGAGGCGGCUGCUGCUGCGGCUGCUCGGCGGCACCCGCCUGCACAGCUGUCGGAGGAGGAGGUGGAGGCCAGGCGCCAGUUCGACACCCUCACCUCCCUCUGCAACCUGCUCCUCUCCGCGGGGCAGUACGAGGUGUACGACAGCACCCGG